CGGGUAAGUAGCUCCAGCGGCCCCGGCGCGGGAACUCCUCCUCCGGCUGUGACCAUGGCGAGGACCGGCUUCUGCGAGUCCAAGCCCCUGCUGGACUUCCACAAGAAGGCGGACGAGAGGCGAGCCCCGCUCAGAACCUGGUCCAAUGCCUGCGGGCCCGUCGACCGCUGCCAGCCCGAAGCAGAAGUAGUAGAGUCCAAGAUGGCCCCCGUCAAAAUGGAGCCGGAGCGCAGAUGGGAACGGAGGUUGUCGGCGCAGACCAGCGACGGCAUCAUCAUGGGCUUUCACGAUGACUGUUUAACGCAGUCCGCCGGUAGUGUAUCCACACCAAAGAUUGCCCCCCCUCCCCAAGGUCUGCGUAUAGAUAAAAGAUUUUCCUUGCAUGUGGCCCCGUCUCCCCCUCGGCCUCCUUUCCCACCCUGCGUGGCAGAUGGGUGUGUGGAGGAGCGCAUGCUGCUCCUCCCUCACGGGCUGCAGGGUCUACACAGCCUCCAGGCGCUGGUGCCCAGCUUGCUGCGCCACGAGGUGGAGGCGGCACUGGAGAAACUGGACCUCGCGUGGGACCGGGCGUACGCCUGGGAUAUGUUCUUGGACAUGAUGAGAACUCAGACACGAAACUCCUUUCCCAACGCGGACCUGCUGUCGCAUUUCACCGACGCCACUCGUUCUGUCCUGGUAGACUGGCUCAUUCAAGUACAUGAGAUGAUGCAUUUUCAGGAGGAGACCCUCUACCUGGGCAUACACCUCCUCAACCGCUCCCUGCGUGAGGUCAAGGUCUCCACGGUCAACCUGCAGCUCCUCGGCAUGGUUUGCCUCUUCCUCGCUGCAAAAAAGGAAGAGUGUCUCCUUCCUGAGGUGUCCGGACUCUGCUACCUGAUGGACCACACCUACACCAAGCACCAGCUGCUGCGGAUGGAGCGCAAGGUCCUUUUCGGGCUCAAGUUCGAUUUGUCCUACUGCCCUCCCCUGCACUUCCUCCUCCUCCUCGCCUCGGUGGCUCGCUGCAGUGCCAAGGCGGUGUGGAUGGCCCGCUAUCUGCUGGAGCUGUCCCUCCUGGAGGGCCAGUGUGUGGUGUUCCUGCCCGUGCAGCUGGCGGGGGCGGCCCUCUUUGUGUCCCGCCAAGUCUUGCAGGAGCCCCCGACGCCCGGCGGGGAGGCCGCGUGGUGUCUGGCCGCCAGUGUCAAUGUCGGCAGUGAGGCCGCCAUGGUCAGGAUCAUGCACAUUCUGGCCAAUGCUGCGUCCAAGGCCCACACCCGAGAGACCUGCGCUACUUUUAUUAAAUUCUCCUCCCCAGAGACCAUGCAGGUCAGCAGGCACCCUGGUCUAAAGACCGCCGCGGGUCUGCUUGGUCUAUGCACUUGACGUCCCUGAAUCGCGGGAACUUAAUUAUACGUUUGAAGCUUCAAAGUAGAGAUCCCAGAGCCGGGUGGCUUGAGGACUUGACUCCGACGCGGUCCAGGCCUCUGAACCAGGGAUGUAAAGUCGUUGCUGUGGAUCCUGAAGAGUUACCGUGGAAUCGGGUGAGGAAGAAGUGUGAGAGAUGUUAGUACGAAACAUUGUUUGACAAAGGAUUGUAUGUGAUUUAGCUAACCCAGUGGCACACCUGUUUUAUGAUCUUAUCUUGCAGCCGAUUUAGAAAAUAUUUGAAUUGUAUUGAUUUGUCCUUGUCUUGUCAUUUGUGAAAAGGAUGUGGGCUGUCUAUGAAGUUAUUAUAAACAUUUUAAUGUAAAAAUAAAGUGUCUGCU